AUCUCAUUUUCAUCAGCACUGUUGAAAGAAGAAGAAAAAAUGUCAGUGCUAUCUCCUGAAAUCAAAUUUGAUACUUCUAAAGUCACCAGAAAUUCCCUUGACAGUUGUUUUCAUUUUGAGAGUAGCUGGAAAAGAGCAGUUUUGGAAACACAAAAGAUAAGGAAAGAAUACACCACAGCAUUUGGUCUGGAAGAGGUCAAAGAAUGUGUCAAAAUGCCAUAUUUACCAGCAUUGCAAAGUUACCACAAAAGUGUAAGUUCAACGCCACUAGAUGUUCAUAAAAGACUGCUCCAUGGUGAUUUCGAGAUGCCCACAGUCAGGAUAAAGAAGGCAGAGGAGACAUACACCAUGGCACCGCUUUGGGAGAAAUCGAAAGGUUCUAGCUUCAGUGAUCCUCUCACUGGAGCACCAUCUCAGUACCUACAGAGGCUUUCCAGAAUGGCCAUACUGGAGUAUGAUACCAUUCGUCAGGAAACAACCAGAAAAUCAAAAAAAGACAAGAAAGGAGAGCUACGAGACUGCUGAUGAAUACCACACAGUGUGAUGCUUUUUUCACUG